UUCUGCGCAAAUUUGAUUGGAUGUACUUUGAAUUUCCAUUUUGAAGGCGCGAUUUAAUAAUAUUAAUUUGAUAAGCAUAUAUGUUUUAUAUUAUUAUUCCACAAAAUGUCGACACAACUUCAUCGUCCCAUUCAAUGCUCUGAUAGCAAAUCAAAUAUUACCGUAAAGGGAAAAAUCAAAAGUGUUUACUGCAAAAAUUUUGUCACAUACGGGGAGUGUACAUUUAAUCCAACAGAACAUCUAAAUGUAAUUAUAGGACCAAAUGGAACUGGUAAAUCAACGCUAGUGGCGGCUAUAGUGCUUGGCUUAGGUGGUAAACCUGAAUUACUAUCACGUUCAAGCUCUAUAGGUGAUUAUGUGAAAAAUGGGCGCGAUGAUGCCGUUAUUAAAGUUGAGAUCUACCGCGAUACUCCUGACAAAUCUACGAUUUUCGAAAGAGGUUUUCCACGCAAUGGAAAGUCGACAUUUAAAAUUGACGGAAAUGUUGUGGUGGAGAAAAAAUACUUGUCGGAAAUAAUGGAAUAUAAAAUUCAAAUUGGGAAUUUGUGUCAGUUUCUACCACAAGAUAGAGUGCAGGACUUUGCCAAAAUGGACCCGCAAACAAUUUUCACAAAUACCAUAAAUUCGGUGUGUAGCCACGAAACGAUCAACGCAUUCGAAGAAUUAAAAAAAAUGCGCCAAAGCCAGUUGUCGGAGGGUGAUGGCGUUAGAAAGAAGAAAGAGGAAUUGGAACAAUUACAACAACAUUGUAAUACACUCGAGCAACGUUUGGACCGUUACAAUGAACAACAAGAACACCAAAAUAAAUUGGAUGUUUGCGAGGCCAAAAAAUUGCAUCUGGAUGCACGCACUUUAGGAGAACAAAAAAAGCAACAAGCCAAAGAUUUGUUAUUAGCCAAACAAAAGCUUGAGGAGGAACAGAAAGUAUACGAUGCUAUUAUGCGACGUCAAAAUGAUAUAGCUAAAAUUUCACAGCAACUUGCCAGAGGCGUAACUCAGAAGGAACAAGAGGAGCAAACGAUUGUGUCAAAAAAACAGGAGGUAGAGGAACGUAUAAAAGUAUUAAAAGAGCGCAUAGAGCAGGCACGAACAAUAUAUUCGAAAAAGAAACGCGAAAAAGCAGAUUACGAUAAAGAUUUACAAGAAGAAACCAAAAUGUUGGGAUUGCUACUGCAAGAUCUGACCAAAGCUAAAGAAAAGAAUGCAGAUGAUGAUUGGAAAGCUGAAUUGAAUGCUUUAGUUCAACAAAUAAAUAAUAUGAAAGAAGAAUCAGCAGAAUAUAUGAAAAUGCGUUUGGAAAUUAACAGCGAGUUAGAUGAGAAGUAUGCACCAGAAAUAGGUUUCCUUAAGAGGAGAUUAGAGCGCGCAAAUGACGUGCAUGCGCAAAAGUUAGAGUUAUUACAAGCAAAUUUUCCAGAUGUUUAUCGUGCAGUACAAUGGUUGAAGGAUCAUCAGCAAUUGUUUAAAGGCAAGGUAUACAAACCAAUGAUUUUGGAGUUAAGCGUGCUAGAUGCCGAACAUGCUAAAUAUUUCGAAAACGUAAUCAGCAUAAGAGAUCUACUCGCUUUCACUUGUGAGGACAAAGACGACGUUUCAUUGCUUGUAAGUGAAUUAUGUGUUAAACAAAAACUACACAUUAAUGUUGGACAUGCGCCACCUGCUAAUAGAAUAAACUAUCGCCCUGACAUACCAAUCGAGAACAUAAGAUUUUGUGGUUUCACAGCCUAUUUAAUUGACCUGAUUGAAGGGCCACCUGCCAUAAUUAAUUACUUAUGCGGUCUGAAUAGGAUACAUGCUAUACCUAUUGGCACGGCGGAUGUUAAUAACAAAACUGAUGACGUACCAAACAACAUAACUGUAUUUUUUGGCGGUAAUCAAUGUUACUCCGUUAGAGUUUCGAGAUAUUCAGGUGAAAAAUCAAUUAUGCAAAAGCAAAUUAGCGGUAAAAACCUUUUGACCAGUAAAAAUACAAAUGAAAUUUUACAAAAUGAGGCACGUUUACGUGAAUUAACACGUGGCAGUGAUGUGCUGAAAAAUAAGCGCACGUCUUUGGAAGCAAAAUUCGAAGAGUUAAAGGUUAAACGUGAAGAAAUAAUGUCCAAAAUGCGUACAAUCAAGAGCAAACUGGAGGAGAGACCCAAAUUAGAGGAGGCAUGUCGACGACAGAAUGACAAAGUGAAACAACUGAAAAAUAACGUUAUUAGUUUGCCCGAUUUGGAGCGAAAUUUUACCGAAAAAGUGAAAAGUUGUUUGCAACAAAUCAUGCAGUUACAAAAUGAAAAAAUUCAGCUGUUAAAAAAGAUGCAACAAAUAUUGGUUGACAAAAAGAUCGCCGUUAUGAAAGAGCGCAUAUUUAAGCAAGAGAAUGCAGAAUUGAUUAACAACAUAAAGGAAGCCAAAGAUAACAAGGAUCAAGCAAUGCGAAUGGUCGAAACCGUAACACGAACAUUGGAGAAGACACAGCAGCAAUUGGAAACAAAAGUUGCAGAGGCUCGAAAGGCUAAAAGAGAGUGUAAAUCACUCGAGCUUUUCAAUCAACUGCCAGAUACUAUGGACGAAUUGAAGGAAGCCAUAAAUGAGUGCAAAGGACGUUUGGAGUGCAUGGGAGAUGUGGAUCAGAAUAUCGCUGCAGAAUACAAGCAGAAAUGUGCUGAUAUCGAAAGAAUUAAGAAUGAAAUGCAGAAUGCCGAACACAAUCGUCACGGUUUGGCGGCGCAAAUAAAUGCACUGCACGAGCGUUGGUAUCCCGAAAUCGAAAACAUUGUGACGACGCUUAAUAAGCAUUUCAGCGAUUUUAUGACUUCUAUGAAAUAUGUGGGUGAAGUAAAGUUGAUCAGGCGCGAAGAGCAUGAUUACGACACAUACGGCAUACAAAUUAUGGUGCAGUAUCGUAGUAAUGCGCAAUUGCAGGCACUCGAUCGACACACACAGUCCGGCGGCGAACGCGCAGUUGCGAUUGCGACCUACACGCUGUCGCUGCAGCACAUCACGCACGUUCCUUUCCGCUGCGUGGAUGAAAUAAAUCAAGGCAUGGAUGCUAAUAAUGAACGUAAGGUAUUUGAAAUGCUUGUGAAGGAAACAACUCAAGUUGGACGUGCACAAUAUUUUUUCGUUACCCCAAAGCUGUUACCAAACCUGAUUUAUAACGAACGCAUGUCGGUACACAUCGUAUUCAAUGGCAAAAUGGUCGAAUCACAAAACAGCUUUGCAUUCCAAAUAUAAUACUACUUUAUAUUUAUAUUCCAUUUAUACUAAUGUUAAUGUUUUUUUACAGUUAAUUCUUAUGAAGAAAUAUGUUUUUUAUUUAUCACACAAUCGAAAAUCGAAAU